CAGAUGUCCCCGGGCCGCCGCCCGCUCUCGCUGGCUGCUAAGCUCCCUGCCCUGUAUUUUCGAGACAAAUGGCCAGUCGGUGUGUUUGCAUUUUCUUUAGUUUUUAUCUUGCCGAAGAAGCACAAGAAGAAAAAGGAGCGAAAAUCCUUGGCAGAAGAGGACAUAGCGGAAAUACAACAUGCUGAAGAAUUUCUUAUCAAACCUGAAUCCAAAGUGGCGCAGUUGGACACAUCUCAGUGGCCCCUGUUGCUAAAGAAUUUCGACAAGCUAAACGUAAGGACGACACACUAUACACCCCUUCCUUGUGGUUCAAACCCUCUGAAGAGGGAGAUCGGGGACUAUAUCCGGACAGGCUUCAUCAACCUCGACAAGCCCUCCAACCCCUCUUCCCACGAGGUGGUAGCCUGGAUCCGACGAAUACUUCGGGUGGAAAAGACGGGACACAGUGGCACUCUGGACCCCAAGGUGACUGGGUGCUUGAUCGUGUGCAUAGAACGAGCCACACGUCUGGUGAAGUCGCAGCAGAGUGCAGGCAAAGAGUACGUGGGGAUUGUCCGGCUGCACAAUGCUAUUGAAGGGGGGACCCAGCUUUCUAGGGCUCUAGAAACCCUGACGGGCGCCUUAUUCCAGCGCCCGCCCCUUAUCGCAGCAGUGAAGCGGCAGCUCCGUGUGCGGACCAUCUAUGAGAGCAAGAUGGUCGAGUACGACCCUGACAGGAGGCUAGGAAUCUUCUGGGUGAGCUGUGAGGCUGGCACCUACAUUCGCACGCUGUGCGUGCACCUGGGCUUGCUGCUGGGAGUUGGCGGCCAGAUGCAGGAGCUUCGGCGGGUCCGCUCUGGAGUCAUGAGCGAGAAGGACCACAUGGUGACGAUGCACGACGUGCUGGAUGCGCAGUGGCUGUACGACAACCACAGGGACGAGCGCUACCUGCGGCGCGUCGUUUACCCGCUGGAGAAGCUGCUGACAUCGCAUAAGCGGCUGGUCAUGAAAGAUAGCGCGGUGAACGCGAUUUGCUACGGGGCCAAGAUCAUGCUCCCAGGGGUGCUGCGCUACGAGGAUGGCAUCGAGGUCAGCCAGGAGGUCGUGGUCGUCACCACCAAAGGAGAGGCCAUUUGCAUGGCCAUCGCCCUGAUGACCACGGCGGUGAUCUCCACCUGCGACCACGGGAUCGUGGCCAAGAUCAAGAGGGUGAUCAUGGAGAGAGACACCUACCCCCGGAAGUGGGGGUUAGGGCCGAAGGCAAGUCAGAAGAAGCUGAUGAUCAGGCAGGGCCUCUUGGACAAGCACGGCAAGGCCACGGACAGCACCCCUGCCGCCUGGACGCAGGAGUAUGUUGACUACAGCGAUUCGGCCAGGAGGGAGGCGGUGGCUGACGCGGGGAAAGCCCCACCAGCGGCAGCGGAGCAGGUGAAAGCCGCCAAGCGUAAGCGAGACAGUGAAAGUGAGGACGCCUCUCCAGUGGCCCCACAGCCGCUCAGGAAGGAGAAGAAGAAGAAGAAGGACAAGAAGGCGAAGGCAGCGCCCGAGAGUGCAGAUGGGCCUGGAGACGGGGUGCCGGCAGACGGGGACAGUGACACCAUGAAGAAGAAGAAGAAGAAGAAGCGAAUAAAAGCAGAAGCGGUGUCUGACUAGCUGGGUCCCAUGAACAGCGCCUGCGAGGAGGGCCUGGGGGUGGGGAGCGCCGGCGACCAGUGACCGCGCGGUCGUCCCUCCUGUCCUGUUGUAAGGAUGGGAGGCAGAGCAGCUCGACGCCGCCGACUUCUCAGCUCAGGAGCGGGGCUACUCCAGGCUCAGCACCGCCGCGCCGCCUGCUCGCGCCCUCCCCACGCAGCAUGUAGAAAAGGGUCUGCGCGGUGCGGUUCUCGCCAGGGAGCAGGCCACGGCCGAAGCACACUGCCGCUGGUGCGCAAAGCUCUCCGCUGGCCUGUGAGGACGGGGUCUGUCUGGCGUGGAGGCCGCCGUUUACCUUCUGGACGUGGGGCCCCGGCCCAGCUUCGUCAGCUCAUGCGUAGCGUCAUGUACCUGCUGCUUUUGUGACAGGAGCCCCCAAAUUCCUGUACCCUCAUUCUAACCCUCUUUUAAAGGAUGAAAUCACUCAUUGCUGGGAGAAGACUUGUGAUUUUUACUUAUUAAAGUCGACUUCAGUUUCUUAAGUGUUCUGUGGCUUCGCGGUUGAGCUAGGAGGCCAGGAAGUGUUCAUUGGAAGUUACCUUCCAAGUCCAUGACACAGCAUUCCCUAGUUCCCAUCCUACUAGAUGAGGGCACACGUGGGCGAGGCCACGUUCACCUGCUGCGCAGGUCCGGGACCCCAAAGACCUGCAUAGAGUAAUCACCGGAACUGCGCAGUUUGGUACAAGAGGAAAAUGAGCCGACAAUAGGGGGCCUUGGCUGUAGCCCUGAGGCCACUGUCCUGGAUCACUGACAGGAAGCUAAAUGCCCGCAGUGGGUGGUGGCCCAGGAUUGGACAGCCUCGCGCCUUAGGUCCAGCACAGGCUCAGAAGGCAUCUCCGCUUGGGGGGCUGAAAGACAGCAGAGGAAGCUGAGGGCUGUCGGGGAAGUGGAAGACGGGUGGAUGUGGCCCCUGUGAGGGCGAACCUGGCUGCAGAGCGGCCCGCCCCUGCCCACGUGACCUGCACGCAGGUGUGUCUACUGAUGCAGACCCGCCCCCAGCGGCGUGGGGCCGCUGCGCUGGGCUGAGGCCUGCUGCGGGGUUGAGAAGAUGGGG